AUGGGUCGUGUUAUUCGCAAUCAGAGGAAAGGUCGCGGCAGCAUCUUCACUGCCAACACCCGCCUCAAUAAGGCACCCGCCAAAUUCAGGACAUACGACUACGCAGAGCGUCAUGGCUACAUUCGAGGUGUAGUCAAGGACAUUGUCCACGACCCCGGCCGCGGCGCACCCCUCGCCAAAGUCGUCUUCCGCGACCCGUACCGCUACAAGCUGCACACGGAGACCUUCAUCGCCAACGAGGGCAUGUACACCGGCCAAUUCAUCUACGCCGGCAAGAACGCCAGCUUGACCAUUGGCAAUGUGCUCCCGCUCGGGAGCGUGCCGGAGGGUACUGUCGUGAGCAAUGUCGAGGAGAAGAUGGGUGAUCGUGGUGCGCUUGGCAGGACUUCCGGCAAUUACGUGACUGUUAUCGGCCACAACCCGGAUGAGGGCAAGACCCGUGUGAAGCUUCCUUCCGGCGCAAAGAAGGUGGUCAAGAGCUCAGUGCGUGGCAUGAUCGGUAUUGUGGCUGGUGGCGGCAGGACAGACAAGCCGCUGCUCAAGGCCAGCAGAGCAAAGCAUAAGUUCGCUGUCAAGAGGAACUCGUGGCCCAAGACUCGUGGUGUUGCUAUGAACCCCGUCGACCAUCCUCACGGUGGUGGUAACCACCAGCAUAUUGGUAAAGCCUCGACCAUCAACCGCUACGCCGCCCAAGGUCAAAAGGCCGGUCUCAUUGCUGCCCGGAGAACGGGUCUGCUGCGUGGUACCCAAAAGACAAAGGAGUAG